CCUCCGUUGGUGAGAGUAGCACUGUUAAACACUCAGCCUCUCAAUCUGCUUUUGCUUGCCUACCUUCCUGCCAGGAAAUAGCUUUAAAUCCAGGAUUCCCACAAUCCAUACCUAAUUUCAGAGUGGUAUGGUGGUAUCCUCCAUGUGGAACAACCUUCUGUGCUGUGGCUUGAGCAGACAGAUUAAGGCCACCGUGUUCUCACACUUGAUACUGUUUAUUCUCCCUUGAUGUGUUUCAGCAUCUUGAGUUCUUGUAUUCUAGUACCUGUCCACGUCAUUCCUCUAAAGAAUCUGCAAUGAGCUUAUGCUGUCAUAUUUCUUUAGUGUGGAACAAAAACAUAGUGAUGACAAUCCUGAGUGUGGAUUGAUUUGGGAUAAAGGCUGAAGUGAGUAAAUGUAUCUGCCUGUUUCCCUUGGAGUCUAUCUUUCAAGCUACAUAUUUAAACUGCCCUACCUAAGAAACCAGUCUCAACCUUAGAUCUUGUGCGCCAUCUCUCAUCAAAUAAUGGCUCCAUGCGAGACAGAUUAAGAACUUCAAUUCCUUCUUACAUUUCUUAUUUGGCACAGAAUAUUCCACACAGAUAAGAUGAUAAAUUCAUUCUCAUUUUCUUCUCUUAGGAUGUUGUUGCAAGGUCUCUCUGGGAGAUCUGCAUUGGUAGAAAAAAUACAGCCUUAGCGCUGUGCCAGGGUUUUUCUUUUGUUUGUUUGUUUGUGAUAUUGCUGAGAAACUAUCAGUAUGGUUUCCCAGUUACCUCCAAAAAAUACUUCAUGGAUUAUAUAAUGUCUGCAGGUGGCUCUGUGGCAUACCAGAUGUGCAUUUUCCCUUGAAGGCAUGUGAAGUCUCAUUCUCUUACUAUAAAGUGGAUUAACUUGAGAGUAAACUUGUCACCUAGCACUACCUGGGCUCAUUCAAGGCAUUAAGGAAUUGUUGUCUGUAUUUGAAGACAGAUGCUGUGAAAAGCAAGGGUAUAAUUUCAAACUUCUUUACAUUAGAACUGCAGAAGAACAGGAAAGGACAAAUUGCAAGCAUAAAUGCUCUGCACAGGAAUUUUCCCCAUGUUGUCCUCAUGCCACAGGCAUUUUUGGUCCCUAGAAUGUGCUUUUUACAUAGAAAGGAAGAAUAUUAAAGUUUUUUAUGACAAUGUCAUAUAUAAACAGAUUUAGCUUGGUGACUCUGACCUCCUAACUUCCAGCUGGGGAAGGCUUACUGAAAAAAAAAAAGAGAUAUUGACUGAAAAGCUUCUUUCUUCAGCGUGCCUCUUAAGUAUUUGAAACUCUGAGAAGUCAGAACAUCCUGUCUGUCAGCCUUUCUAUGAUAUAUUCAGAAAUUUAGAACCAGUCACAAUAGAGAACAGGGACAAAUGUUCUCUCGCUUUCAAAUUGUACGACAGGAGUUGCUACCAGAAGGUGUUAAUGGGCUUUUUUUGUUUUUGAUUAUUUGUAGGGGUCUGUGGUGGGUUGGUUUGUUCCUUUCUUUGUUUGUUUUUAAGAAAUUGAGUGAAUUUUACUUUCAGAAGGUUAAGAACUAAUAGUAGUAUUUGAAACAAAGUAUAAUGUAAGAGAACUUUGAGAUCUUUUCCAGCUGUUUCUGCUGGUAGCUUGCAUUCCUACCAAGUACUCUAGGAUCUCACCUGAUGAAAGACUGCUGUUUAUUUUCUAAACUUAGUAUAGUUUUGUAAAAAAAAAAAAAAACAACUUCACAAAUGUUUAAGAUACAUUGAGAAUUUUCAAAAUAUUUUCCGGGUGAAGAAUAUUUCUUGGAAAGUGAUGAAAUGGAUCAAGCUGAAAGUUGAAAUUUACCCAUUUCAUGUGCAUUUGUUUGAUCCAGUCUUUUUGCAUGUUGGCAGGCUGUUAAACUGGCAGGGGGCUAUGGUGGUGCAGUUCUACAGCAUGAUGGCCCUGCCAGGUCUAGGCAGAGAGACUUGAUUUCUUUGGCUAUGAGUCGUCAUCGAGAGCUGCAGGAAAAGAAGCAUAGCCUCUGGCUUAAAGCUUGAAUGGAGAUGGAGUUUUUCACUGUGCUGCACUCUGAGGGUGACAGAAUUUGAAGCUGAUGACUAACAGUAUACCAACAUCACAUCUCUAUCAUAAUUCUGAAUGCAUCAAAAUCGUAACACUCCCCGUGCUUUGGCUAGCCCUGCUGUGUGUUGUCCAACUCCUCUGUGCCUCUCCUCUCAUCCCUGUGUCUGCUGUAGCCUUUGUGCAGUCUGCUUUCCAGUUGUGGGAACAUAGAGGGGUGGAGGGAGGAUGUCUGUCUGUCUAUCAGAAGGCGCAGACCAGAGCACUGUGGAACGGGUAGGAGUUAUGGGCCUGGGGAAUAGGGUGAAGGCGGCUGACUGCUGUGACUGGACAGCCAGUAGAAGCCAGUAGGACAGCCUCCUGCGAAAGAGGAAGAGAGCCUUAAGACUGCCUUGUAUAUAUAAUAAGUAGAAUAAGAAGAUGCUGCCAAUUCCAGCUUCACAAAAGCCUGCCACCCUGUGUUAAAAAACAAUUAAUGUCAUGAUAUUUGUUGGAAUAUUGUGAUUUUAUACCUGUGUGCCAUAAGUCAAUGUAAUGGUAUUGCUAUUGACGACUGGAAUUCGUAUUUCCUGACUAAUGCUCCUGCUUAGUGGGUGUGAAAGUGAAUGCCUUUUCUAUAAACACACUUAACACACUUGACCUGUCUAUAAUCUUUAUUUGACCUAUACCUUAGGCCAGAAAGCUGUGUUUUCGUGGAAUCAUAGAAUGGUUUGGGUUGGAAGAGACCUUUCAAGAUCAUCUAGUGUCGUGUCAUCCCCCCCCUGCAAAGAGCAGGGACAUCUUGAACAACAUCAGGUGGCUCAGGGCCCUGUCCAGUGUGACCUUGAAUGUUUCUAUGGAUGCGGCAUCCACCUCCUCUCUGGGCAACCUCUUCCAGUGCCCCACCACCCUCACAGUUAUUGCACUUAAGAAUGAACAUUGAAGACAAGCUGGGAGGAUUAUUUCUUAAAUGUGGUGGCAUAGACCAAAUGCAGUCAUCCAGGGCUAUGGUAGGGAUGGGUGCAGUAUCUGACCAGUCUGGAGUGUCGGGAGAACGGCAAGAGGCAGUGCUUCAAGAUCGGACUAUGGCACACCAAGAAAUUCUUGCAGCAGAUGAAGUGUUACAGGAGAGUGAACUUCGACAGCAAGAGAUGAUUUCACAUGAUGAACUCAUGGUCCAUGAGGAGACGGUAAAAAAUGAUGAUGACAUCGAUACGCAAGAUAGACUUCCUCAAGGGCUGCAGUAUGCUGUUAAUGUCCCUAUCAGUGUAAAGCAAGAAAUUACCUUUACUGAUGCAUCUGAACAACAGAAACGAGACAAAAAACAAAUACGAGAGCCAGUAGAUUUGCAGAAAAAGAAGAAAAGAAAACAGCGUUCACCAGCAAAAAUCCUUACAAUAAAUGAGGAUGGAUCACUUGGUCUGAAAACCCACAAAUCUCAUGUUUGUGAGCAUUGCAAUGCUGCCUUUAGAACCAACUACCAUUUACAGAGACAUGUCUUCAUUCAUACAGGUGAAAAACCAUUUCAGUGCAGUCAGUGCGACAUGCGUUUCAUACAGAAGUACCUGCUACAGAGGCAUGAGAAGAUUCAUACUGGUGAAAAGCCAUUUCGUUGUGAUGAAUGUGGUAUGAGGUUUAUUCAGAAGUAUCACAUGGAAAGGCACAAAAGAACGCAUAGUGGAGAGAAGCCUUACCAGUGUGAAUAUUGUUUGCAGUAUUUCUCCAGGACCGAUCGUGUGCUGAAACAUAAACGUAUGUGCCAUGAGAACCGCGAUAAGAAACCGAACAGAAGUGCCACCAAAGUUGGCUUCUUGCCAUCAGAGGAAGAUUCUGGUUUCUCUACGCCUAUGAAAGACAGCUCCUUGCCAAAGAAGAAAAGGCAGAAAACAGAGAAAACAAAAUCUGGGGAUAAGGAAAGUGCAGAUAAAUUGGAACAGAAGAAGGACAAAAAUGACUAUUUGCCGUUGUACUCUUCCAGUACUAAAGUAAAAGAUGAAUAUAUGGUAGCGGAAUAUGCUGUUGAGAUGCCACAUUCUUCGGUCAGUGGAACGCACUUAGAAGAAGCAAACUCUGGAGAAAUACACCCACCUAAGCUUGUUCUCAAAAAAGUUAACAGCAAGAGGAGUCUGAAACAGCCACUUGAGCAAAGUCAAACCAUUUCACCCUUAUCUACAUAUGAAGACAACAAGGUUUCAAAGUAUGCCUUUGAUCUUGUGGAUAAGCAAAGUUUACUGGACUCUGAAGGUAAUGCUGACAUUGAUCAAGUCGACACAUUACAGGAGGGGCCCAGUAAGCCUGUACACAGCAGCACUAAUUAUGAUGAUGCAAUGCAAUUUUUAAAGAAAAAGAGGUAUCUACAAGCAGCUAGUAAUAACAGUAGAGAAUAUGCCUUGAAUGUAAGUACCAUAGCAUCUCAACCUUCAGUAACGCAGGCAGCUGUGGCCAGCGUCAUUGAUGAAACUGCUACAGCCUCAAUAUUAGACACACAGGCACUGAAUGUUGAAAUUAAAGGUAACCAUGACAAAAAUGUCAUUCCGGAUGAGGUACUGCAGACUCUGCUAGAUCAUUAUUCACACAAGGCUAAUGGACAACAUGAGAUAUCUUUCAGUGUGGCUGACACUGAGGUGACUUCGAGUAUAUCAAUCAAUUCUUCUGAAGUAUCUGAGGUCACCCAAUCUGAGACAGUUGGAACAAGCUCUCAAGCCUCCUCAUCAGAUAAAGCUAGUAUGUUACAAGAAUAUUCAAAGUUUCUACAACAAGCUUUGGACAGAACUAGCCAAAAUGAUGCCUAUUUGAACAACCCGAGCCUUAAUUUUGUGACUGAUAACCAGACUCUUACAACCCAGCCAGCAUUUCCUUCCAUGGAGAAGGUCUACACGUCUAUACCCGUCAAUAGCUUUCGAUCGGGAAUGAACUCUCCGUUAAGAACAACUCCAGACAAGUCUCAUUUUGGACUAAUUGUUGGUGAUUCGCAGCACCCUUUUCCCUUUUCAGGUGAUGAGGCAAAUCAUUCUUCUUCCUCCUCUACACAGGACUUCUUGGAUCAAGUAACUUCUCAGAAGAAAGCAGAGGCACAGCCUGUUCAUCAAGCAUAUCAAAUUAGCUCCUUUGAGCAGCCCUUUAGAGCUCAAUACCAUGGGGCAAGAGCUGGAAUAUCAUCUCAGUUUAGCACUGCCAAUGGACAGGUGAACCUUCGGGGACCAGGGACAAGUGCUGAUUUCCCAGAAUUUCCCUUGGUGAAUGUAAACGAUAGCAGAGCUGGGAUGACUUCUUCACCUGAUGCCACAACAGGCCAGACUUUUGGCUGAGAAACCUUUGUAAAUAAUACUGGCACUUUAGAACACAUUUGUCAAAAGGGGGUUGCUCUGUAUAAGAUGGAGUUCUGUACAGCUUUUAAGAGCGCUAUGUUAAAACAAAACUAAGCUGAUAUUAGCAAGACCAAUAACUGCUUCUUUUUUUUUUUUUUUUUCUUUUUUUUCUUUUUUGGUUAGUCAACGGUUGUUGAACUGCCUGAUGUUGGUGCCCUUAUCAAAAGCAGUUUAUUAUUCACUUGUUUGAAUCCAGAAAAUAUUUUACCUUCUAUGAAAUUUUAAAUAAACAAAAUCCCCAGGUAAGACUUUCCCCCAUGAUUGUUUCCUUACUGGUUUCCUUCUAUGCUUUGGGAGGACAGUUUAUUGUCUGACACUAUUCAUAUUGUCAUUUCUAAGCUUGUCAGCAUAGUCAUUGCUCUUCAGCAGGGAAUCAACAUGUGCUAAACACACAGAAUAAACAAUAAGGUUCAAAGUCAAGCAAAUACAGCUUUAAAAGAUGGCAUUUUCUAAAGAAAUAACCCUUUUCCCAUCUCUCUCAAAAAUAACUGUAGACCAUGUGCCCUUUUGUUUAUGCUUUGCAUUACCCUGAGUUGUGUUUGGAGGAAAAAACGAUUUCUGAUAGACUACUAUUUAAAAGUCUGAUUAAUUUAAAAUAUUUUAAACACUUUUUUUAAGCAAAAUGCCUAACUGCUAAAGCCUUUACUUCAUUCCUGAAGUAAUGUGUAUUUCUUUGUACAGCUGAAUCUAGAUGUAACAUUUUAAUGACUUUUUCAUACGCAGAUAUCAAGAUUCUGAAGUUUCAGUUAAAAUACUCUGUAGAUGACAUUCCCAAUUGCAUAAUGCUUACACAAAUUGUGUAUUCCAGGAUUUAAAAGCUUAAUUGUACUUUACCCUACAUACCCAUAAUGAUUAACAUAGAGCACUUAGUCAACUUCAUAGUUUUGAUUUCUCAAAAAAUAAUACCAUUUUUAGGUUUGAUACGGUUGCAUCAUUUUCAUCUCAUACGGUAAUUCUCUUCAGUAUACCUGAGAUUGGGUACUCUUAGCUUCUCUAAAAACCGUUCUAAUUCUCUUUCUAGAAUUUUGACAAUUCAGAUCAUUAAAUUUAUUGAAGUAUCCCUGAAAGCUGAAGAAGUGGGCAUUCAAAUUCCCUACCUUGUUAGUGUUUGCUUAGUGAAAGUCAUUACAAUUUUACCAACCAGAACCGCAGAAUAAUGCUAGUGAACAGGAUUUCUUUUUCCAGCAUAGGCGAGUGAUCAGAAGUUUUCAUUGCAUUUCACCAUAUAAAUAAACUACCAAGUUUAUCCCUGUACCAUGGAUAUGUUUUUUUGAAUAGUACUUUGUCUUGAAGUAUACAGUAUGGUACGAUAAGUAGUUCUGUGUGCAUUUUUAAGGUGGUAAUAUUUGAGUAGCAUAACUAUUGUAUAGUUUAAGUUAACAAGUUACAGAUUUUUGAACUGUAUGUUCAUUCUUUCGCACCUUCCCUAAAGGGACACUGUCUGGUAGUUUAAGGCAGUUUAAGCCUAAUUUAGGCUGAUUAACCAGGGAAAAACACACACACACAUGUAUAUAUAUAUAUAGGUAUGUAUGUAUAUGGUGGUUGUGUUUCUUUUUUAAAUAGGAUUGCAUACAUCCUUUUAUAGCACUACUGCUAGGUGGUAUCUCUCAGAUGAAGCCAUCAGCUAGGAGAAAAGACUGCGUCUCAAGGGGCUAAAAUACAUCCUUCUUUUAAAAAAGGACUUUAGAAGGUCAUACAACAGUUCCCACCUCUUCCCAAAGCAGUAGCAGUAUUUCCCUUAAUUUUCAUUACUAGGAAACUCAUCUGUCUCCUUUCCCUUAUGGUAGCACUAUUUCAGCACUUCCUUCACCUGGUACAGUUGAGGGAGAAAGUAUGUUUGUUAGCCAUAGCUUGCUUCUUAUACUGACAAGAAAUACAAUUUAUGUAAACUUCUUACGUAAUACUUUUGUAUAACAAAACAGGUUCUGGUUUGAUUCAUUGAUUCUGUGUAUAAUAUAGGAAGGUGUUUCAGCGUGCUAUGACUUGCCAGUAAUUUUGUCUGAGUAUUUGGCCCUGAGUUAUGAAGAAUGAGCAUCAAGGGAGAAAAGUAAAUUUCUUAUGGAUUAUUAAUGAUAUGUGUAAAGAAAUUUCUUUAAAGGAUAUUUUAAAACUGGUUCAUGUCUCUCUGUUUUUCUUCCUUUAUGGUCAGUUUGUUUUUUUGACUUUCCAUUCUGUGUUGCACAGACACAAUACAUCUGGCCCCAAUAUCCCUGGAAGCCACUUCUUGUAAUGCUCGUUUCGUUUUCAGUGUUUCAUUUCCAUGGCAUCCUAGCUUGUGCUGCCUGAAUAGUACUGUGUUGGCAUCUUUGUUCUAAUGACCUGUUGUUGCAAGUAGAUGGCCAUUAAUAGUACUAUUUGUUAAAUACAACAAGCAGCAAAAGCUAAAAAAAAAAAAAAAAAAC